CCGUUUCCCAGCCCUAGUUUUAAGGAGAAUAACAAAUUUUCUCUCAAUGAUUGGUUCAAAUUUUCGUAUGGUUUAUUAAAAAAAUAAUUCAUUUUUGCUCAAUCUGGUCUACAUGGUCCAGAUCGUACCAAACUAAGCCGUACAGGCGUAAUCUAGUAUGAAUCGUGUAAUAUUUAAUCUGGUCCUUGUUCUAUACUCAAGCAGUCAAGCUUCUCGAAUUAUCUAGAUCAUAGACUGUAUGUAUAGUCCGGUCUGCACCCCAAUUUUACAACCAUACUUGUAGAUCCAAUUAUUAAUAUUUAUUUGUUUUGUUUUUAUGCUUUGUAACUUUUUAGGAGAAAGAUAGAAACAAAGCACGUUUAGCAUGCAUUGACAAUUUAACGUUUUUGGAGAAUGUCCAUAAUAUUAUACUCUGAGUCGCUCACUUCAAAUAAUUUUUUGCCAAAAGUCCAUUCAUAAUCCUUACUAGCUAAGCAGCCCGUUGCAAAGUUACAUUUGUAAUUAACUGAAUGCUAUGUAGUUAAAUUUGGUACUAUGAAUUCACAGUCACACUAGAAAAAGCCUAUAUAUGAUAUGUCAAUAUCUACUAUCCAUAAGAGAUUUAUAUGCAACAAAAACAUGCAGUGACUGAAAUGUGAAAGAAAAUUAUUUGAGGGGCUAAAGUUGGAAUAAAGUUGAAUUAGUGGUAGUUCACGCGCAUCCCUAAAAUUGUUUAAAUUCGUUUGAAAUUUCAAACCUUAUCCGUCGAUCAAAAGUAACCCUUUUUAAGUGCACAGCCAACCAACGCGAGCCGUACACGUGUCCUCCCAACAGAAUCUCCAGCCUCAUUCGGAGUCGAUUACCGCCAAAUUCCCAUGGAAAGUCAUCAGCGAAACCCUUUUUUCUCAAUCCGACGGCUGAAGUCUCUCUCACCGUCAAUCCGGAACUUUCAAGCUGCACCGUCGGAUGAAAACAGUCAGCAUCUCGCCCUCCGAUUUCGCAAAAUUAAAUUUUCAAAAUUUUUGACGAGGGAGCAGGAAAAGGAAAAACGAUUAAAUAAAAGCAAAUCCCCAAAACCUUGUGCUUCCCAGUCCCCCCUCUUCCUCGAACUCCGGCUCCUCCGUUCCCACUUCCACCGGCGUCCAUUGAUGAUCUCCCGCAGACGGCGGAGCUCCUCUUCUACUGCAUCGUCGGUCUGGUCCGGAACUUUCCCCGACUUCACAGCUCGCAGAGAUUAACGUGAGAAAUUGAAAGGACAAAUUCUGAAUUCGGCUGCAAGGGGUGGGGAAAAUAGCUCCAGAAGAGAUAACUUUUCGCGAUUGAUUGCUUGGUGAGCGAUGGAGCAAGGAGAGGCGGUUUCGGAUUUUGCGCCGAAGAAAUUAGCGCGGCAGCUUGAUUUCACGGCUGUUUGUAGAGCGGCGCCGGAGCAUCACUCUCAGCCGGUAGCUCAACAGCCGUCGCAAUCGGAUUCGACGCUGCAGCUGCAUUUGCAGUUACAAACGCCACCGCCGAAGUCGAAGCCACAGCCGCAGUCACGAGAGCUGGCUGGAGCGGGAUUGGAAUUACAUUUGCAUCUGCAGCCGCCGCCGCCGCCGCCAAAGCAGUUACUGCAAUCACGGCCGCCACCACAGCCUCAGGUAAUGCCGCAGUUUCAAGCGAGGUUUCAGCAAGUACCGGCUGCGGUGUACCGGAUCCCUCAUCCUGUUCAUAAACUGCCACUGCCUGUGCUGCCGGUCAAGAAGCAAGAAUCUCCUAGACCACGUCCAAGGGUUGACACUGAGGCAACAGAUGUCAAUGUUACUCCUAACAAGCCUAAGCAGUGCAAUUGCAAGAAUUCUCGGUGCUUGAAGCUGUAUUGUGAGUGCUUUGCUGCUGGGCUAUAUUGCAAGGACUGCAACUGUGUAAAUUGUUAUAAUAAUUUGGAACAUGAGGGUGCUAGGCAAGAAGCUGUUGGGCUAACCUUGGAGCGCAAUCCAAAUGCUUUUAGACCGAAGAUUGCUAGCAGCCCUCAAGGGUCUAAGGCUAGUGGGAAUACAGGAGCGGUUCAAAUGAUUGGAAAGCAUAAUAAAGGAUGUCACUGCAAGAAAUCGGGUUGUCUAAAAAAAUACUGUGAGUGUUUCCAAGCAAACAUUUUGUGCUCAGAAAACUGCAAGUGUAUGGACUGCAAAAAUUUCGAAGGAAGCGAAGAAAGAAUGGCUAUCUUUUGUGGGAAUUCUAGUCCCAACAUUUAUGCUCAUCAAGCAGCAAAUGCUGCCAUCAAUGGAGCCAUUGGUUCUUCAGGCUAUGGGACUGCAGUUUCAUCCAAGAAAAGAAAGAGUGAUGAUAUGCAUGGUAUUGGCACCAAAGAUUCAAGUCUGAAUUUCAGUUUAAAGUUCCAACAGGAAAAAUACCUGAAUAGCUCUUCUCCAUUGCCUGACCGGAGAUUGCAUACUUCUGGUCCUGCUCGGUUGGGAUCUUCAAAAUUGACAUACAGGUCCCCAUUGGCAGGCAUAAUCCAACCGCACCAUGUCAAGGAGUUGUGCUCGCUCUUGGUAGUACUUUCAAGAGAAGCUGGAAAGGAAGUAUCAGGUAGGGAAGGCAAAAUGGAUGGAUUACACGAAGCAAUAAGGAGUGACAAGCCUUCUGCUUCACCUGCUCAGGAGAGGCAAGAAAGGGAUUGCUUCAAGCAGACUGCAACAGAAAGAGAGAAAACCACUGAUUAUCAGGCAGGCAUGGAAAAUGGAAGAUUGUCCUCUCUUGAUUUCGAUCCAGCCACUUGUGAAGUGAAACCCUCCCAGCUGGAACAACCACCAUCCACUACUAGCACUCCUGAUUUCUCUGAGGUCUACGCCGAGCAGGAAAGGCUCGUCUUGACCAGUUUUCGAGACUUCCUAACCAGACUCAUCAGUUGUGGGAGCAUAAAAGAACAAAUGUGUUCUCCACCAGCCAAAGGUAAAGUGGGGAACCAACAACAACAUGAAGUAAAUGGUACAGGAAUUCACUGCAGUCCUUUGUAUACUAAUGGCAUCAUCAAGCCUCCAGUUUCGAGGGCUUCUCCAUCGAAUGACGAUCGACAACAAGCGAUCUCUCCUGCACCAUCUCCUAUCAACGGUAGGGCACAAACUCCCAAUGACAAGAACUGAGUUUGACUACAAUAUACCUGGUUAUGGGUUCCAUUUCCAGUGGCAGGAUAUAAGCAGAGUAACUCUCGCUACAUAGACUGAGAAGAAAAAGGUAAAAGAAAAGACAAAAUGAAGGAUGCUAAUCAACAGGAAUUAACUGCACAUUUUUACAGAUCAUUCUUUCACAUUCACGUCACCGUCCUUGGUGAUGUUAGAUUGCGUUCAUUGAACUCCAGUGCCUCAUUGUGUUCUUGUAAAUUUUGGUAAGGGAGGUAUUCCAGCUUUAGUUGAUUUACAACUAAAAAGUAACCCUUUUCUUUUGUGUUUUUGGUUACUUCUUAGUAGCCUAACGAAGUAGACUUCCUUCAAGAAGAUCAUGUGUUUCCUUUUUGUCGAGGACUUGUUUGAUGUGCUACAUGAAUAGGCAUACUAUACAUGAAACAUGGAUAUGUCAUAUGGAUGAACAACUACUCGUAAUUGUACGCUAAUUUCUUCGACCUCUUAGACUACAAUAACUUUGGAAAACUAAAUCUUUUUGUAUGUUAAGUUCAAGUAAUUUGUAGCAUCUCAUUUCAAACGUUUUGUCGAAAACGAUGCAACAAUGCAAUUAUGCAUUCUCCUCCUAAGCAAACAUCUGAAGUGAAAUUGUACCCCUCCUGCAAUGUGAGAAGUUGCAAGAUGACCGAAGAAAAUGCGAUUUCAGGAAUUGUUUUGUUAGAGCACCUACAUUGGUAUUGCAUUUUCAAUUGUAAAAUGACAUGGUACAGGUGUUUGUAAUUGCAAAAUUAAUUACAUUGAUAUGGCUACCAAUUGCAUAUUUGCAAGCUUGCAACAAAUGAAAUUCCAUAUGCAAGUCAAAAAAGACUAAAAAAAUGGGGAUUUUGUAUUUUAUUUUAUAUUAUUUUCUUUUCUCUUUUAAUUAUUUUUUAUAAUUUGAACAUAAUAUUUAAUUACAUUUGCAAUUGCAGGUUAAUUGCAUUGAUGUAGGUGAAUGAAUGAAUGUGAUGUGGAUUGUAAAAAAUUUGAGUUGACAAUAAAAAAUACAAAUGCAAUUUCUUUUGCAAUUGCAUUGAUGGUGAUGCUCUUAAUUUUCUAUAAUUUAAACAUAAUAUUUAAUUACAUUUGCAAUUGCAAGUUAAUUGCAUUGAUAUAGGUAAAUGAAAUGAAUGUGACGGUGGAUUGCAAAAAAUUUGAGUUGAAAAUAAAAAAUGUAAAUGCAA